CUGUUUUCCUCUCUUCUUCUUCGUCUCUAGCUCUAUCUCAUCACUCAGUAACGAAACUCUAACGCGACCAAUCAUGUGGAGUUCCAUAGUGAAGAAAGAUCCUCCUUCAAAACCUCCGACCACGGCCGGAGCUCCGGCGGCGAUUCUAGGUUUGGUCGGAAACUGCAAAUCCACAAAAGGGAUAUCUAUUGCGGUCGUUGACGCCAACGCCGUCAUCGAAGGAAGCUUGAACAACUUCGUAGCCGAAAAAUUCGUAACCGUCCCUGAAGUACUCCACGAGAUCCGUGACCAUGAUUCUCGCCGUCGUCUCGACUUCAUCACUAUCGAAACCAUGGAACCUUCUCUUGAAUCUCUCAGUAAAGUUGUGAAUUUUUCUAAUGCAACUGGUGACUUUGGUCUCUCUGAUGUUGAUCGCAAAGUGAUUGCUUUGACAUACACGCUCGAGGCUCAGUUUCAUGGGACGAAACAUCUCAGAGAUGUUCCUCUGCCGAUUCAAACUGUUAGGGUAAAGAGAUCAUUACCUGAGGAGUUACCUGGUUGGGGCUCCAAUGUGGCUAACUUGGAGGAGUGGGAAGCACUAGAGAAUGAUACCGAGGAGAAACCAAACAUGUCCUCCAAGAUCCUCCCGCUUCAAGACCUUGACAUAAAUAUAACUGAAGAUCAAGCAGAGGAUGAACAAGAAGGUGAGAUUAAGAAAAUAGAGGUGAAGCUUGCGGGUAAGAUGGUAGUAGAAGGAAUAGAUGCGUCGCGGGGCGAAUAUGAUGAUGAAGAUAGUUGUGACUGGAGACCUGCGGUUAGUAGCAGUACUCAUAGAAAGUUCCUUAGGAGAAAAGCCAAGUGGGAACAUUACAAUGCCUUGGCUGAGCAAGAAGUUCAGAAAGAUCAAGAAGCUGAAAAAACUGGUAACUUCACACAGGAUACAACUACUGACCUAAGGUCGUCGGAGCAAGAUUCAUUCAAGAAUCUCCAAGAAGGGCUUGAGGACACGAAUGGUGAAGAUGAUGUUGAAGUUGAAGCUGAGGGAAACGAGCAGAGUUUGCCAUUGAGAGCUUUACCUGAGUCCAGUGUAGCUUGUAUAACAAGUGACUAUGCAAUGCAAAAUGUUAUUCUUCAAAUGGGUUUGCGUUUGCUUGCACCUGGAGGAAAGCAAAUUCGCCAACUAAAGAGGUGGAUCUUGAGAUGUCAUGCUUGCUACACAGUAACUCAUGAGCUUGGAAGAAACUUCUGUCCCAAGUGCGGUAAUGCAGGCACUCUAAUUAAGGUAGCGGUUACUAUAGACGAGAAUGGUACCACCAUAGUUGCGGGUACACCACGUAUUAAACUUCAAGGGACCAAAUUUUCGAUACCAAUGCCUAAAAGUGGAAGAGAUGCAAUCACUAAGAAUCUGGUUUUACGGGAAGAUCAACUGCCUCUUCAUCCCAAGACCAAGAAGAAAGCAACCAAACCGGGAGAUGAGUAUUUUGUAUCAGACGAUGUGUUCAUGAACCAUCACAGCAAUAAAAAGGCACCAUUGCAGCCUCCUGUGAGAGAAACUAUGGCGAUUUUAAGACAGAAACGGAACCCUAACGACAACCAUUACUCUCGUUCUAUGCACUGAUUCUUUUUGUGUUUUGCCGACGAUACAAGCAUCUCCCUUUACUUUACGAUGAUGCCAAAUGAUUUUGU